UCCCCUUAAAGCCUGGGCUCCAUCUUUCUGGCUAGCUGUGUACUGAGGCUGUUCCAGAGCCUUGAGGGGCCCUUGGGUGCCGGGCAGAGGCUCAAGUGGGCUGCGACAGGUGGGGCAAGGGUAUGGGGCUCAAAGCAGCUGACUGAGUGCCCCAGGGCCAGACAGCUAACCAGGGGUAGAGCCAGGAUCCAAACUCAGGAGCUGCUUGGAGAUGCUGCUGCUGCUGCUGCUGACGACCCUGUUGCUGCUGCUGCCACUAGCCAUGCUCCUGUGGCGGCCGCGGUCCCAGGAUGCCAGGCAGUCCUGGCUUGUCCGCCUCCAGCACCGUGUGGCGUGGGGGGCCCUGUGCUGGGCAGCCGCCUGGCAGCAGAAGAGACUAGCGCAGAGCACGUUGCACGCGGGCCAGAGCCAGCAGCAGGCCCUGAGGCGGUGUCUGCGCAGAGCCCAGGGUCCCCACUGUCCCCUCAGAGGGAGCACAGAUAUAAGCACCUUCCGGAAUCAUCUCCCUCUGACCAAGGCCAGCCAGGCCCAGGAGGAAGAAAGUGGCGAGCAGCCCUUGCCCCCCACCUCAAACCGGUACCAUGGUGAGGCCUCUCUGCAGGCCACCUUGCUGGGUCUGGCAGCCCUAAACAAGGCCUACCCGGAAGUGCUGGCUCCAGGAGGCACGGCUCGUGUAACUGCUUCCUCCCCUUGGCCCUACCCCCUCCCUUGGCCUUGGCAUGCCCUGGGCCAGGUGAGCCCCCCUGGAGCCAAGGACCCAAGGAUCCUGCUCCUGGAGGCACUGAGGUCCCCAGGGCUGCGGGCUCUGGAAGCUGGGACGGCAGCAGAGCUCCUAGAUGUCUUCUUGGACCUGGAGGCCCAUGGGGAAGAGCUGGCUGCGGCCAUCGCUGCCGGGAACCCAGGAGCACCUCUCCCCAGACGGGCAGCCGAGCUGCGGGAGGCCCUGGAGCAGGGAACCCGAGGACUGGCCCUUCGGCUCUGGCCAAAACUGCAGGUGGUGGUGACUCUGGACGCAGGAGGCCAGGCUGAGGCUGUGGCUGCCCUGGGGGCCUUGUGGUGCCAAGGGCUCACCUUCUUCUCACCUGCUUACGCUGCUUCUGGAGGGGUGUUGGGCCUGAGUCUGUGGCCAGAGCAGCCCCAUGGCCUGUACCUUCUGCCCCCUGGAGCCCACUUUAUUGAGCUGCUCCCACUCAAGGAAGGAACUUGGGAAGAGGCUACCCCCGCUGUCCUGCUGGCUGAGGCCCAGAAGGGCAAGGAGUACGAGCUGGUAUUGACCAACCACGCCAGCCUCACCAGGUGCCGGCUCGGUGAUGUGGUACAGGUAGUGAGUGUCUACAAUCAGUGUCCGGUCGUCAAAUUCAUCUGCAGGCUGGGCCAGACCCUGAGUGUUCGAGGUGAAGUCACUGGUGAGGACGUGUUCUCUGAGGCCCUGGGCCGGGCCGUGGGGCAGUGGCCGGGGGCCAAGCUGUUGGACCAUGGCUGGGUGGAGAGCAGGAUUCUGGAUUCCUCUGAGGGCUCCGCUCCCCACUAUGAGGUAUUUGUGGCACUGAAGGGGCUGAGGAACUUGUCAGAGGAAAAUCGAGACAAGGUAAACCAGAGACAGGGACAGGAUACAACUGAAUGUCCCCUUCACUCUGCACACCGCCCCGUGCGCCAUGCGGAUGUGGGGGAGGGAGGAGAGCCUCCCUGGAGCUCUGGGAAGGGAGGGUUGAGCCCCACGGACACACGUGUACACAUGAAACUUCUAGCCACGCAUACCCUGGGCACAGCUGUGCGCGCCUCACCCACAUGCCGCCCAGCCCCACAUCAGCCUCACUUGAGCCGUUCUGUUCUCAGCUUGACCACUGCCUUCAGGAAACCUCCGCUCACUACAAGCACCUGCGGUUCCGGGGCAGCAUGGGCCCCGCCCAAGUCCACCUGGUGGGGCAGGGGGCCUUCAGGGAACUGCGGGCAGCCCUCGCUGCCUGCCCUUCGGCCCCUUUCCCUCCUGAGAUGCCCCGGGUCCUCAGGCACAAGUCCCUGGCCCAGUGCCUGCAGAGGAGGGUAGUGUCCUGAGCUGAGGCCUGCCCCUGGCCCCGUUCACCCCCAUGGGCUGCCUCGCUCUUUCUUCUGGGGCCCCUCUGGAUGUGGAGCCCUUGGCCAGGGUCUUCAUGUGUCAGCUGACAGCUGCCCACGAGAGCUGCUGCCCUUAGGGAGGCCCGACCUGGUCCAUCAGUUCCGAGGAGUUGACUUCAAGGACAGAGCAGACACCAGCAGCGCCCCGCCUAGAGCCCCCAGCCCACCCUAGAGGACAGGGGGAGUUCCAAUCCAUGCUGGCAAUGCCUGUGUUUCUCAGCCUGUGCACCAGGCAGGCUGGAAGUGUUGGAAGUUCAGGCUCCCAGGAAUGACCCUCAGCUGGCACGGAGCAGGGGCUGGUGACCACAGACCUCAGCUUUGUCAUCCCUCAGUAGAACAACUCUGAAGUGUAUUCUGUAGCAUCUCCCUCUGAGGGUCCCCACCAGUUGCCCGCAGUGGUAAACUUCUUGUUAACACGGUUCUUACUGGUUUUCUUCCUGUCUCUCCUGUCCCUCCUCCCACAUGCUUUCUAGGGUCACCUGCCAAAUAAACUUCUUACACCCAGAA